AUGACUGUUGUACCACUUGCAAUAGCAAUUAAUCCUAGCUAUUAUCGCUGGACGCAAUCAAAUUCCACCGUUCAUCAGCAAUGCCACCGACGUAUUCGCCCGGUGGCCAUUCAAGCCGAGCGCAAAUACCCCAAUUUGGAUGAGUACUACCAGAAAAACGCCGGCAAGUUCUGGGACAAAUUCUACAAGCGCCAUGAAAACAAGUUCUUCAAAGAUAGACAUUACUUGGAAAAGGACUGGGGUCACUACUUUUCUGAUGAUGCUCAAUCCACAAGUGGCAAGGUUGUUUUAGAGGUUGGUUGUGGAGCUGGCAAUACUAUAUUUCCGCUUAUUGCAGCAUAUCCCGAACUAUAUGUGCAAGCUUGUGAUAUCUCACCUCAUGCAGUCGAUCUUGUUAAGUCACAUGCAGAGUUCAAAGAUGAUCGGGUGAAUGCAUUUGUAUGUGAUGUUACAGUCAACAGUCUUCUUGAGAGGAUUAAACCUUCUUCAAUUGAUGUAGUUACCUUGAUUUUCAUGCUGUCUGCAGUUUCUACAUAUAGGAUGCCAUGGAUACUACAGAACAUUAAAAGAGUACUAAAGCCGGAUGGUUAUGUUCUCUUGCGGGAUUACGCUUUUGGAGAUUUUGCGCAAGUGAAGCUGGAAAACAAGAAUCAGAUGAUAAGUGAGGGCUUUUAUGUACGAGGUGAUGGAACUUGUUCAUUUUACUUCUCUGAAGACUUCUUGUCAACCUUAUUUUUCCAAGCUGGCUUCAAAACUGUAGAUAUCAGCACAUACUGCAAGCAAAUCAAAAAUUGUCGUAAGAAUAUAACUAUGGAUCGUCGUUGGAUUCGAGCCGUUUUUAACAACUUGGAGUGAUAUUCCAUAUUUUAUUGUGAGCCAGACGACCGUACUGUGAUUCAUACAUUGACUGCUUACC